CUUUGUUUUUGCUAACCGCUAUCUGACCCAAGCUAGGCGGCUGUACUGAAACUCCGAACUUCCACCAACAUUAAGCUAACGGAAACAAAGAGGAUUCUGUCAAAAUGCCUCAGACCAACAAGUCAGCGAGCGGCUGCAGUGUGCCAGGACAGGUAUCUGCCCCAGACCAGGGUGAGCCGCCACCGCCACAUCUGCCGCCGCCACAGGAUGUCAGGUCCCAGGUGGCUGCUGGAGAUGGACGUGGAGAAGUCGCUGCAGAAAACCAGGGAGAACCAGAGAUCGUCAAAUCACCCAGUGACCCGAAGAAAUACAGGUACAUCGAGCUGAGUAACGGCCUCCGAGCGCUCCUCAUCUCGGACUUCAGCGGGGCUGACGGGAAACGAGGCUGCGCAAACGGAGAGGACGAGGAGGAGGACGGGGAGGAGGAGGAGGAGGAGGAGGAGGCGGCGGCGGAGGAGGAAGCUGUGGAGGAAGAAGGGGAUUCCGGUGAGGGGUCUGAGGAGGACGAGGAGGAAGCUGUGGAGGAAGAGCAGGACAGCGACUUUGAUGAGCUGGACGAGGACAACGCAGGGAAGAAGAAGAGAGGGAGCUCUGAGAAGCAGGCGGCAGCUGCUCUGUGCAUCAGUGUGGGGAGCUUCAGUGACCCAGAAGACCUGCCCGGCCUUGCCCACUUCCUGGAACACAUGGUGUUCAUGGGCAGUGAGAAAUACCCAGCGGAGAACGGCUUCGACGCCUUCCUGAAGAAGCACGGCGGAAGCGACAACGCCUCCACCGACUGUGAGAGAACCAUCUUCCAGUUCGACGUGCAGAAGAAGUUUUUCAAAGAGGCGCUCGACAGGUGGGCUCAGUUCUUCAUCUGUCCUCUGAUGAUCGAAGAUGCCAUCGACAGAGAGGUGGAGGCUGUCGACAGCGAGUACCAGUUAGCGAGGCCGUCCGACUCGCAUCGAAAGGAGAUGCUGUUUGGGAGUCUGGCUAAACCAGGACACCCUAUGAGCAAAUUCUGCUGGGGUAACGCUCAGACAUUAAAGCACGAGCCCAGAGAGAAACAGAUCAACACCUACCAGCGGCUCAGAGACUUCUGGAGGAGAUAUUACUCCGCUCAUUACAUGACGCUCGCCGUUCAGUCCAGAGAGACUCUGGACACUCUGGAGCAGUGGGUGAGAGAGAUCUUCAUCAACGUUCCCAACAACCAUGAACCCCGAGUCGACUUCUCUCACCUCCAGCAGCCGUUUGACACGCCAGCCUUCAACAAACUCUACAGAGUGGUUCCUGUGAGGAAGGUUCACGCUCUGACCAUCAGCUGGGCCGUACCGCCGCAGGGGAAACACUACAGAGUGAAGCCUCUUCAUUACAUCUCCUGGCUGAUCGGACACGAAGGAACCGGCAGCAUCCUGUCUCAGCUCAGGAAGAAGUGCUGGGCUCUGGCUCUGUUUGGAGGAAACAGUGAGACGGGUUUCGACCAGAACACCACCUACUCCAUCUUCUCCAUCUCCAUCACCCUCACCGACCAGGGCUACCAGAACUUCUACCAGGUGGUCCAUAUUGUGUUCCAGUACCUGAAGAUGCUCCAGACUCUGGGUCCCCAGCAGAGGAUCUAUGAGGAAAUUCAGAAGAUCGAAGCCAACGAGUUCCACUAUCAGGAGCAGACGGAUCCCAUCGAGUUUGUGGAGAACAUCUGUGAGAACAUGCAGCUGUUUCCCAAAGAGGACUUCCUGACCGGAGACCAGCUCAUGUUUGAGUACGACCCGCAGGUGAUCAGUGCUGCUCUGUCCCUGCUGACUCCCGACAGAGCGAACCUGCUGCUGCUGUCACCGGAGAACGAAGGUCGCUGUCCGCUCAGAGAGAAAUGGUUCGGUACCUGCUACAACAUGGAGGACAUCUCAGAGGAGUGGGGUCAGCGCUGGGCAGGAGACUUCGAACUCAACCCUGAGCUGCAUCUUCCUGCUGAGAACAAAUACAUCGCGAGUGAUUUCACCCUGAAGACCUGCGACCGUCCGGACUCAGAGUUUCCUGUCAGGAUAGUCAACAGCGAGCGCGGCUGUCUGUGGUACAAGAAGGACAACAAGUUCAAGAUCCCGAAAGCUUAUAUCCGUUUCAACCUGAUCUCCCCGAUGAUUCAGAAGAGUCCCGAGAAUCUGGUCCUGUUCGACCUCUUCGUGAACAUCUUGGCUCACAACCUGGCAGAGCCGGCCUACGAGGCCGACGUGGCUCAGCUGGAGUACAAGCUGGUGGCCGGAGAGCACGGCCUGGUGGUCCGGCUGAAAGGCUUCAACCACAAACUGCCGCUGCUGUUGAAGCUGAUCGUGGAUCAUCUGGCAGAGUUCAGCGCCGAGCCGGGCGUCUUCACCAUGUUCUCUGAGCAGCUGAAGAAGAGCUACUUCAACAUCCUUAUCAAACCAGAGAGACUCGGCAAGGACGUCCGCCUGCGGAUCCUGGAGCACUGUCGCUGGUCGGUCAUUCAGAAGUAUCAGGCCGUCACCAAGGGUCUGACCGUCGACGACCUCAUGACCUUCGUCGCUGGGCUGAAGGCGGAGCUGUACGCCGAGGGGCUGGUGCAGGGGAACUUCACCAGCACGGAGUCCAAAGAGUUUCUGCAGUACUUCAUCGACACGCUGCAGUUCCGGCCUCUGUCAGCAGAGGUCCCCGUGUUGUUCCGGGUGGUGGAGCUGCCUCAGAAACAGCAUCUCUGCAAAGUUAAAUCUCUCAACAAGGGAGACGCCAACUCCGAGGUCACCGUGUACUACCAGUCGGGGCUGAAGAACCUGAGAGAGCACGCGCUGAUGGAGCUGAUGGUGAUGCACAUGGAGGAGCCCUGCUUCGACUUCCUCAGGACGAAGGAGACGCUCGGGUACCAGGUGUACCCGACCUGCAGGAACACCUCGGGGGUGCUGGGAUUCUCCGUCACCGUGGAAACACAGGCCACCAAGUUCAGCACAGAGUUCGUUGAGGCGAAGAUCGAGGAGUUCCUGGUCAGCUUCGGCGAGCGUUUGUCGGGCCUGAGCGCGGAGGCCUUUAAGACCCAGGUGACGGCGCUCAUCAAGCUGAAGGAGUGCGAGGACGCCCACCUGGGAGAGGAGGUGGACCGCAACUGGUUCGAGGUCGUCACACAGCAGUACGUCUUCAAGAGGCUCGACAAGGAGAUCGAGGCUCUGAAGCUCUUCACUCAGGCGGAGCUGGUCUCCUGGUUCCUGGAGCACAGAAACAACAGCAGGAAGCUCAGCAUUCAUGUGGUUGGUUUCGGGCCGGAGGAGAACGAUCCGCCUGAACUGAGCGCCGCCUGCAGCCCUGCCUGCAGCCCCGACAGCCCUCCCUCCUCGGCGUACGGCGAAGUGAACGAGCUGACGUUCCUGCCGACCUCCUCGCCAUCCCUGCAGGACGCCACGCUCAUCACCGACAUCAGAGCUUUCACCUCCUCCCUCCCGCUACACCCCUACCACAAAAUCCUCAGCUAGGACGCUGCGGGCCGACAGGAAGUAACCAGGAGACGGGCAGCGUUGACGUGUGGUCAAAGAGGACAGACAGAAACUGAGGAUGUGUUUGUUAUUUUUGUUUUGUGGGUUUGUGUUUGUAAUAAUGCUGCAUUCACAUGCAAUCGGGGAAAAAGUAAACCUGGCCCCGUGUUUGUCAAGCGUCUCAUGGUCGUCCUGCUGAAACGCUCGCUUUGAAAUAAUAAUCGGAAACGUUCAUGGAACAAAGGCGUCAUGUGUGCAGGCGCUGAUAUUCACUCCAGCUCAGACCAGAAGACCGUUACCAACGAGCUACUGGCAUUCAGCCCUGUCCAAUCACAUCGUCCCACGCUACCUGUUAUGCAACUCGCCUCAGGUGGGGGGGUGCAGCAUUUUAAUCCUGUAAUGUUCAGUGUUGGGAAAUACAUGGUUACAAUAUCAACAUCUCUCUUUGACAGUUCGAGGUGUUUGAAGUGUGGCUGUACGAGGUACUUAUACACAGUCAGAGUAUUACCUGCAGUAGACGGCGGUCGGUCAGCGCAUCUUCCCUUCAGAGAAGCAGAGAGAAGAGAAACCAAUAUCACUUUAAAUGUUCGCUAUAUUAUGAAUAUAUCAGUUAUAACAGCAGUUUCCUUUGGAGCUACGUUUUCUAAGCCAGUGAACUUUCGAAACCUUGCUGUGCAACUUAUCACGCCGCCGGAGAUCAGCAGUUUGGGUCAGAAAGGGCCGUUGCAACAUCAGACUGAAAUCAAACUUCACUUUUCUAUAGAUUUAAAAGACGGCGCCUCCGUGCCGGCACGCAUAAGUUUCUCCAAACUGUAAGAAAGAGACUUUGGAUAAGAACCUCAAACAGCCCUACUUCAAAACUCAAGAACUAUUGAAAUAAAUUAACUCACAAUUGGUAUUAAAAGCAUGUUUUCUCCCAUAGCUUCAGUCCUGAUGUGUUCAGGGACAGUAUUGAGAGUGUAGGUCAUAAUUCGGAAUAUGGUCAAGUGCAAUAUCCAAAUCACAGGAGCGGCAAUUUUUUUAAUGUGUCCUAACAUCUUGUUUCUAAAAGAAGAAGCUACAGAGAGAUGCUUUGGCCAAAAAAAUCUUCUCCAGACGAAGGGAACGUGCUUUUUUUUUUUGGUGCAAUAUGGUGUAUAGAAACAAAUCUUUGUUUUUAUAUUUGGUGAAAAUUAACUGCUAAAAAAUUACCAUUCCCCUAAACGUCCGUCAAAAAACGUGUUACGAUUUUAUUUUCGCGCCUAAAAUGCAAGAAAAUAGAUUUGAAGCGUAAAAUCUUAUUUUGGGUUGCAGUUACGUAACACGCGAGCCGUUACGCAGCUAAACUGAGUAAAAUAAAAAAACAAUAAUUCUGGGGAAACGCCAUCAGUUUCACAGCUGUUCCCGUUCUCUGGGAGGAGGACGUCGGUUUAUGUGGAGAGAGCACAGUCUCUCAGUCAGUCAAAUAAUGAUUACAUUUACCCACAAACAAAUCUUUUAAAACACUCAUAAUCAUCAAUAUCUCCCACGCAGAGUGCACACAUGACGCCUUCUAGCCCUAAAAAACCCAACACAUUUCUCUGAGACGUCUGAUCAACACGGCCACCGAGCUUCUUACAGAUCCACGAUGAUCAAUACUUGUUAGGAAACUGCUCAGCUCAUAUUUAAAGGUGGAAUCUGACUGGUGGGAAUUUGAGUUUGGGUCUGAUAUUUUUAAGGAAAAUACGGCGAGCGUGAGGAAUAAUAUGUUAAUCGUUGAUGCGAAAAGGCCAAACAGAAGUGAGUACAGAAAACUACAAUCAUGGCGGUCCUGAUUGAUUUAAAGGAGUCUGAUUGUUAUGAAUUAUUUCUGUGUGGCUUUUAACUGAGAAAUAAUGUGUAUGAUUAUUCCCAGGUUAAGUGAAUGCAGCGUGAUGACUCAGGGCUCUGGUUUAAAAUACAGUACUGACAGAAACAACAGUUCAUGUAAAGAAGAAUUAAAUGUGUACUAACAGCAUGUGGUGGCCAGUGAUACAAAACUGAAUGUACUGCAGUAGUUUGUGGAGGCUGGACUGUGUCGCCUACAGCAUUUCAUCGACAAUUAAAAACUUCAUUAAAUGUUUCUGUCUUUAAAUCAUAAUAAAACAAGAUGUAUCUCAAA